AUGGCACGCCUAGGAUGGAUGACGCCCCCUUCGACCUGCCUUUUCAACACCUCCACUCCUCGCCGCUGGCCCCGACACGUGUCUCCUUUGAGCAUGACAUGGGACAGGUUCUGGGCGACGCGUCAGGCGUCGAAUGCGUCAAGCGCCACGCAUUUUGUUGUAGGCAAUGAGGCGGCGGAUUUGGACAGCGUGGCAUGUGCGAUUGCUUACGCGUACUUUGACAUGCGGCACGAGUGGAUCCCGGUGAUCCAGGCGCGUCGAUGUGACUUGCGCCUGCGCCGGGAGAAUGUCGCGUACCUUGAGCAGUGCGGUAUCGAUAUGGAUAAGGUGUGCUGUCUGGAUGAUGUACCCGACAUGCAUCGCGGUAUGCAUGUCGUGCUGGUGGAUCAUAAUCGGGCGACGAAGGCGUUUGAGUCUGCGACGAUCGAUGCGAUAUGGGAUCACCAUGUGGAUGAGCACGCUCAUCCAGAGGCCCGUGUCCGCGUCGUAUGCGAGCCUCAUGACGCUGGCUCUUGUGCUAGUGUCCUUGUGACGCACUUCCGCCCAUCUCAUAUGCCUGGGCCCGUGGCUCGACUGCUGUACGGUGCCAUGCUGCUCGAUACCCUGUGUUGGGACGAAAAGGCGGGCAAGUUCCAUGCGAUAGACCGAGCUGCACAGCAACACCUCGCUCCUUUCGUGGCCUGCGAUGAUGAUGCGGCGCUGUACCGCGAGCUGUUGCGCCUACGCAACGACACAUCGCACUUGACCGUGUCGGAUCACUUGCGUCGCGACUAUAAGCACAUGACGUGCCCCGCCCCGAAUGGCGCAUGGUCCAUCGGUAUGGCGUCUGUCACACAGCCGCUACGUGAGAUGGUGUCAGCGCCGACCUUUCUGGACGAGGUGCGCACAUACGCACGGCAGCAAGCUGUGCAUGUGCUCAUGAUAUUGGCUGGCUACGAACGCGACGGCACAUGGCAUCGCGAACUGUUCUUUUUUGCAUGGCAUCCGAGUGCCAAGGCUCUGGCCGACGCGCUGGCAUCGCUCCGGACGCACUACGUCGACUUGACGGCCCUGCCGCUGGCCCUGCCUGAGCACGAUGGCUAUGCCGUGGCAUGGACACAGCACGACCUGCGUGCGACGCGGAAGCAGUUUGUCCCCGCGAUGAAGCUGGCAUGUGAGCACGUUGCAUGCCCUUAA